UCUGUUAUAAACAGCUCUGGAGCUGCGGAGUUCGAUUCCUGUACAUUACGUACCAAUAAAAGCACUUCUGAUUCUCAUUCUCAUUCUGUAUCCAGAAGCCCUGCGGCGUCUGCGCAGACCGCCAAACCAAAGUUCUAAAGCUCCGCCAAUCACGUCCUCCGCCUGCGCAGAUCUGCCACGCACUUUCUAAACAACGCCUUCAAAGUUUCCAGCUGUGGGCUGUUCGGCUAGAGAUGUUCUCGUCGCUAUCAACCCAGCUUUGUUUUACAAGAAGAUGUAACUGUGAAGUCAAGUGAACAUGUUCCGCAGCAGUUUUUUUAUUUGUAUUUUUAUUUUUUAAUGCCACUGGAGCAGUUCGAGGGAUUACGAAGCGGGCUGCGCGUCUGGAGCACCUAAAGGCAGAGUCUGCGGCUAUAGACGAGCCGGGCGGUGAGAGAAGCAGCAGUAGCAGCUCGCCGCUCCGAGUGCCUGAGGUGACCUGCACGGAUCGCUCCUCUGAGAUGAAUCGUCUCAGCAGGACCGCUUUGAUGAGGUGCCAGCAGCUGUCGUCUGGGGCGCCCUUGACAGUUCGCCGAGUUUCGGCCGAGUGUACGGACCACGGGAAGGGCAGCGGGCAGCGCCCGGUCUCCUCCGAGCUGCAGGCUGAAACGCCACUCAGCGUGGUUCGACCGGGGACAGGCGACAAGGAGGUGCACAUGUGGGCGAGGUACAACGACAUGAAGAAGCUCGUCCGUGAUCUGCUCCUCCCUGGCGUCUGCAGUCUGCCCAGCCCGUCUACGAUCUACGCCAACAACGAGAUCAGUCUGGAGGACAUUGACAUCUACGGCUUUGACUAUGACCACACUUUGGCCCACUACUCCACUUGCCUGCACAGACUGAUCUUUGAGGCAGCGAGAGACAUCCUGGUUGAACAGUAUAAAUAUCCAAGAGGUAUUCGGAGUUAUGAAUAUAUUCCCAACUUUGCUAUAAGAGGUCUUCAUUAUGAUAUUAAGAAGAGUCUUCUGAUGAAGAUCGAUGCUUUCCAUUACGUUCAGCCUGGUACUGCCUACAGAGGCCUUCAACCCGUAGCAGAUGAGGAGGUGAUUGAAAUGUACGGAGGGACAAAGCAUAUCCCACUUUACCACAUGAGUGACUUCUAUGGCAAAGGUCCCGCCAUCAAGCAGUUUAUGGACAUUUUCUCCCUCCCUGAAGUGACUUUGUUGUCCUGUGUGAACGACUAUUUUCUAAGUCACAACAUUGACUUUGACCAGGUGCACCUUUUCAAAGACGUCACAGAUGCGGUUGGAGACGUUCACACAAAAGGCUUGAUGUACAAGUGGAUCGAGGAUGACAUAGAGAGACACAUUCUUCAUGGCAAUGAAACCUGUGAAGUCCUCAGCAGGCUGGUUAACAAUGGCAAGACCCUUUUCCUCAUAACCAACAGCCCCUUCAGUUUUGUUAACAGAGGCAUGACGUACAUGAUUGGAAAAGACUGGCGAGACCUUUUCGGUGCCAUCAUCGUCCAGGCUGAGAAGCCCAGCUUCUUCACCGACCGGCGCAAGCCCUUCAGACACUUGGAUGAGAAGGGGUCCCUCCAGUGGGACCGAGUCACGAAGAUAGAGAAGGGGAGGAUCUACCGCCAGGGAAACCUCUUUGAUUUUGUGCAGCUGACGGGCUGGAGGGGCUCAGCGGUGCUCUACUUCGGGGACCACAUCUACAGCGAUCUUGCAGAUCUCAUGCUUCGACAUGGCUGGAGGACGGGGGCAAUCAUACCAGAGCUUGAGAAGGAGAUUCAGAUAACAAACACCGAAGAAUACAUGCACACGCUCACCUGGCUUCAAGCUCUUACUGGCCUACUGGAGAAGAUGCAGGCCUGUCAGGAUGCCGAUUCAAGAGCAGUUUGGCUGGAGUGGAUGAAGGAAAGACAAGAGCUCAGAUCUCUUACGAAAAAACUCUUCAACCCUCAGUUUGGCAGCAUCUUCAGGACGUACCACAAUCCCACCUACUUCUCGCGCCGCCUCUGCCGCUUCUCCGACCUCUACAUGGCCUCCAUCCGCUGCCUGCUCAAUUACGACCUGAAGUUCACCUUCUACCCCCGCCGCACUCCCCUGCAGCAUGAGGCCCCCUUGUGGAUGGACCGGCUCUGCACUGGCUGCAUGAAGACGCCUUUCCUUGAGGAGAUGAUGCACAUCCGCUAACUCGGGCCGGGGAGAGCGCUGAUGAUCCAGAGUCCUGCAAAGAGAAUGGCUUUGGUUCAGCUGCUGGCACAUUGGUCACGAUGAACGGGAGGCCGAGACGUGUCUCGCAGAGAAUCUCAAACACUGUAGACGUACUCGGUUUAAUAAAGAACACGACUGAAGGGCUCACAGUGGGACCAGAA